AUGACUUUUCGCUUUUUUCUCGUUGCAAUAAUUCUUAAUUUACCAUUAGCAACUCCUGUAAUCUACUUCGAUUUAUCACACACAUUCGAUCCUUCAAUACCAUUCUUUCCCACUCAAGUACGUUUCAAUUUCACCCAACGUAUGGUUCAAUUGAUGAAUGAAAAGAACAAAUUCUUCUAUGCAACGAAUGCCUUCAUCACAAUCUCUGUACAUGCCCGUAUUGUUGACGUUUCCAAACAAUGCAGUCAAGAUAGAAAUUACCUGAUUACAAUCGAUGACGUUAAAAAUAGCAAUUUAUUCGUACCUGAAACCGAUACUGAAACUGGAGAAAAAUUCUCAUUCGUUUUGAUUUUUUACACCGGAUGGGCAAAAUACUGGCCUGAUCAAACAGCGUAUGCUGGUGAUAAAUCAGAUCUUCAUUUUCCUGGUUUAAGUGAACAAUUAGCUACCUAUCUGGUCAAUACAUACGGAGAUAAAUUUAUUGGAGUUGGUAUCGAUACUCUUUCAACGGAUUAUGGUCAAUCGAAAACGUACGUGGUUCAUCAAAUACUCGCGCGACAUAACAAAUAUGGAUUGGAAAAUCUUGCUUUAACUAAUAAUUUCGUAAACAGUGUGCAGACGAAGUUUUUUCCUCUAGAUGUCUAUCCAAUGAAAAUUGGAAAUGGUACAGGUGCACCUUGUCGUAUAGUUGCACGAUUGAAUAAUCCCAAACGAAUCUCAAAGUAA